AUGGAAACGCUCUGCCAGGCCCUCCAAGCUUUGAGCGCCAAACAGGCAGAGCUCCGAAGGUUCUUCACAAUGGCUCACCGCCUCGGCACCGUUCUGAACAGCAACUGCCUCGCGCCACAGGCUCCGAACGGCUUCAGCCUCUCUUCGCUUGAAAAGCUGAUCCAGACCAAAUCGACAGCUUCUCCGAAGCACAACAUGCUGCAUUUCAUCCUGGCCAUGAUGACAUCCUCCGAGUCUUCUUCACUUUUCUCAGAUGAGGAUGUGACACUGCUGGCCAAAGCGAAGGCGAUGAAGAGCUUCACAGUGUACCAGGACUGCACUGAGCUGACGCAGGGCUUCCAGGCCAUCCGCGAGAUAUGCGAGACAGGCAGAUACCAGAGCGUUGUGACCGGAGAGAAGGUGAAGAUGGAGCGAAGGAGGAUGACCAAAGCAUCAAGAGAUGAGGCUGAGGAGACAAUUGAUGCCAACGAUACAUUUCACACUGCCAUGAAGGCCUUCGUCGACAAGUACGAUCGUCAAGUUGAAAGCGUAGAGCAGGGCUGCUACUGCUCCUUCAUCAUGUAUAAGGAGCAGGCCUUGUUUCUUGGCGAUCUCUCAGUCUACCCUCCACCGAAGGAUGAUCAGGAGGGUAAGGCUGAUCUCCUGGCCAUCAUGCACAGGCUUGCUGUGCAAGUGCGUCGACAUGCCGCAGAGGUAGAGAAGGACCGGCCGUUUCCAGUGCAGAUCAGUUCGGUUGAUGGCAAGUUGCAAAAGCUUGCGCUUGCCUGCAGAGCCAUUGGCUUGAUUGGCUUGAACAACUCACUAUGGGUCAGGCGCUUGGUUGUGCCUUCCAUGUACCUUCAAUGCCUUCUUGAGUCUCCUUUCCACUCCGAAAGGCCCUCCAGGCGACCCCACUCCCAUGCCGAGCCGGUUUCCGACUUAAGGAGGAAGGACAAAGACCGGCGCUGGCAGCCGACGGAGGAGGUGCCGAGUCCAAGCCUCGGAGCCGACGAGGCAACGCUCGCCCUACUGCAAGCAUCGCGCUGGCUGCCCGAUGCGAUUGGGCUGCUUGUCAGAAAGCCGCUCUCAGAGUUGAGGGCAGAGCUGCGUGUAGAGGAUGACGACGAGUCGCCGGUGGCAUCUUCCGGGGGCAGCCUGAUGGCCUUGUCUGUCUUCCUUCGCCGCACGCUGCAGGCAUUGCUGGACCUCCAAGAGGCUUCCCAUGGCUCUCAGCCGUCGGUGGCUCUUCAGGAAGCGGAUGCCAUGAUGCAAUGGCUGGUUCGAACACGCGACGAGCUUUGCAUGUGGGGGCAGCGAGCUGGCAGAGCAGUCAGGGCUCUGGCAGCAGGUGCUUCCCAGCAGCUGGGCAUACAAGAGCUCGGAAGCCAGCUGCAGUCCUUCAUACAGGACUCGAUGGUGGAAGCAAUGAAGCAGGGCUCCUCUCAGUUUGACCAGGAGCUCGCGCAACUUCGGCAGGAGCUCCAAGAAACACGCAGCCUUGCCGCAGCUGCUGCGGCAGAAGCCCGAAAACAGGAGGCUAUUGCUGCAGCAAAUGAAGGUGCUUUCCUGACAAAGUCUCUCGAGCGGCUGCUGGACCAGAAAUUUCAGGACUAUGUAGCUGCCGAGGAGCCCAAGUGGCAGAAGCUCAGAGAGGAAGUCAGCCGCAGCAAAGAGCAAGUUGUCGGUGAGCUCGUAGAGCAGCAGCAUGAAAGUGUGCAGCAGCUCUCGAAGCUCUGGGAAGCUCAGAACCGGCAGCGAGAUAGCGAGCUGCAGCUGCUGCGGGAACACGCAGAGAGCGCGAUGGUCCAAAUGCGAUCCUCUGUCGGAUCAGCCGAGCUGGCCUAUACCAAGGCCACCGCUGAGCAAGCCACAGUUGCGAAGGUGCUGUCCGAAAUGCAAGCAGAGCGACAGGCGCAUCACAGGGAGCUGGAAAACGGGCGACGUGAGCGAGAGGCUUUGGCGUUGCAGCUCACAGAGGUGAUGACUACCCGGCAAAGCUUUCAGCAGAGCUUGGGGGAGCAGGAGCGAGCCCGGCCAGAGCCCAUUCAGACGGUGAUGACCCCGCUUUCUCGUUCGAGCAGUGCCGGCCCAAUCCCGCCUUGGCCAAAGGAGCGUGACCGAGUUGACCGAGUUGACCGAGUUGACCGAGUUGACCGAGUUGACCGA